UACCCACAAGAAGACCCGAGCUUUUUUUUCCUGGAGGAGGAUCACUUACACGUCGUUCGCUAAAUCAAGAUCGUAAAGCCUUCCUUCCCUGACUAGUAUGAACGUCUGGAAUGGAUCUAUAGGUAGCAUCCCGAAUGUCUAACAACCCCACAAUUAUAAAUCUCCCCUCAUCCGUGACAUCUCCUCUUUAUUGACUCAUGCAUCUCACCCUGUUAUUAGUCCUCUGCUGCUCCGGAUCAACAACACAUUCAUUAUUUACCUUGUGAUAGUACCUUGGCAAUGUCCGGAAACACAGAGGCAAAGGGGCAAGAGCCCCGAGCCAAGAUUGGCAUCAUCUCGAUGGGCGAUAUGGGCAGCGCUCUUGCCAGCCUUCUCAUUGCGAAUGGCUACGCCGUUGCUACAAACUGCACGGGAAGAAGCCAAGACACCAUUGACCGUGCCAUCGCCGUCGGCGCUGAGCUGCUCUCCACAGACGAAGCCCUCAUCACUCAAUGCGACGUGAUCCUCUCUAUCGUUCCGCCCGCUCAAGCCGCUGCCACAGCUGAACGCAUCAUCACCGCUUUCAAGCGUGUUUCGUCCGGGUUCAACCCUCGGUGUACCCCGCUCUACUUCGCCGAUAUGAACGCCAUCUCGCCUUCCACCGUCAAAUCCAUUGCCGCCCAGUUCACCACCGCCGGCCUCGACCCUGACCGCGAUGUUCGCUUUGUAGACGGCUGUAUCCUCGGCGUCACUCCCUCUCGGAAACAGCAGACCAGCAGCAUCACCGCCCCAGGCCCUUCGUCAACCGGCCCGGCGGCUCCCAUCCCCGCCGCAUCAACCUCAACCAAGCCCGUCGCCUCCUUCCCUCAAGAAGACAUCCUCCAUGACCCUGUCACCGGCUGGUCCUACCCUCUCCUCCCCACUUCGGGUCCCUGGUCUUUCACCGACGAGACCACCUUUCCCUACCCCUACGGCAACCACUUUGCUUCGACUCUGCACAUCGAACACAUGAUCUCCGACCCUGACCCAAACUCUUCUUCCGGUGCUGAAAAGCAGCAGACCACCACCACCAGCAGCAGCAGUGAAAUUGGCCAAGCCUCAGCCCUCAAAAACGUCUACGCCUCCCUCGCCAAGGGGUUUGCAGCCCUCUCUCUCCUUUCCCUCUCUACCGCCCACUCCCUUCGCAUUCUCCCCUCCUUUCUCUCCUCUCUGGAACGCCUGGCCCCUUCGCGGUUGAACACCAUGACGCGGUACGUUACCACGUUGCCGCCCAAGGCAUACCGGUGGGUGAGGGAGAUGGAGGAGAUUAGCAAGACUUUUACCGACGAGGAAGUGGGGUGGGAUGAGGACAAGGAGGAUGUGUUUAAGCAUGUGGCGGGGGUGUUUAGGUUUGUGGCGGACGAGACGGUUUUGGGGCAGGAGAAGGUGGGGAAAAGAAAGAGGGGGUUGGAUUUGGAGGAUUUGUGUCAGGCAAUGGGGGAGGGGUUAGAGGGGAGGAGGAAGAGGAGAGCAGUAGAGAAGGAAGGGGAGGGGUGUGAGAAACGAUGUGGUACACGGGCUGUGAAUGAAUAUUGAUGAUGGUGAGAGAUGAUAGAGAAUAGGAUUAAUAAAGUGGAAGAUCUCUUUAAAGGGUAAAAAAAAAACACCGCGCUUAGACAUGGGAUAUCAGUUUGAGCCUUGCCGUUCAACAGACUCGCACUUCGACAUCUGUCAUCACGCGGGACUG